AUGUCACACGGCGUCUGUCCACUCGGAUCGAAGACUGCGUCCAACAGCAGCGCUCUCGAGAUCCCUCCCGUUUCAGGAAAAGUGUGGAGCAGACUUACGAAUGUGCAGCCACCGCCGAAGCUUCCAACUGUUGAUGAGGUAAGGAAAGCGAUUCCCCCACACUGCUUUGAGAAGAAUCUCGUGAAAUCCAUCAGCUACCUUGUCUGGGAUUUGCUGCUCAUCGCAGGAUUGUAUUUAAUUCUACCUUACGUGGAACGAUACCUUGGAACGUUUGGAUAUCUAGCAUGGUGUUGGGCGUUCGGAUUUGUUGGUUGUGCACUGUUUGUGGUUGGACAUGAUUGUGGACAUGGCUCGUUUUCGGAGUAUGAAUGGGUCAAUGAUUUAUGUGGCCACAUCGCCCAUGCACCCAUUUUGGCACCAUUCUGGCCAUGGCAGAAAAGUCAUCGACAACAUCAUCAGUAUACGUCACAUCUUGAAAAGGACAAGGGUCAUCCAUGGGUGACUGAAGAGAUCUUCAACGAGAGAUCUACAUUCGAGAAAUACUUCGCGUGUUUCCCAUUGUCUGGAUGGCUCAGAUGGAAUCCAAUCUACACAGUCAUCGGCCUUCCGGAUGGCUCUCAUUUCUGGCCAUGGUCUCGCCUCUUCAAUAACAACACUGACCGAAUCAAAUGCGCCGUUUCUGGGCUGGCGUGCAUAUUUUGCGCAUCAGUGGUCUUCUGGAUGUGUGACUAUUCCAUUUACAACUGGUUAAAGUACUACUACAUACCGCUAAUGUUCCAAGGGCUGAUCCUGGUCUACGAACCCGACGAGUGGUCAUUCGUGCGCGGUCAAACGCAAACCAUUGAUAGAGUAUAUGGCUUUGGUCUCGACACCAUCAUGCAUCACAUCACUGACGGUCAUGUUGCUCACCACUUCUUCUUCACCAAAAUACCUCACUAUCAUUUAAUUGAAGCCACACAGGCCAUCAAGAAGGUUCUGGAACCGCUGAAGGACACUCCGUACGGGUACAAAUCGGAGACAAACUACGAUUUCUUCUUCCGAUAUCUCUGGUCAAAUAUUAAACUCGAUUACCUGAUCCACAAGAGCAAAGGUGUACUGCAGUAUCGAAUCGGGGUUGAAAAGCCGUCAACGUCCAAAAAGGCGCUCUGA